UCUCCUCCCCGCCGCUCCCCACUCCCACUGGUCUCCUCGAGAGCCGCGAGCCUAGGGGCAGCCACCCCUAUAACUGCCCCCCAUUCCCCUACCCGCGCUCGCUCCCUCUCCUCCCUCAAAUCCCCCGCGCUUGGAUGGAUUCCGUCGGUACGAAUCGCUCCCCGCUGCGCUCCACCGCCGCCGCCGCCGCCGCCGCCCCAGCCACUCGAAGCAGCGCGCUGCCGCGGCCGCACCGCCACCCCGCGCUCGGCAAUCGCCUGGCGGCGACUAAGCUCGGGAUCGCGGCUUGGUGUGGAGGAGCGGGAGGGUAUUUCGGCAAGGUUCAGAGAUUUGACGCCGCACGGAACACAAUGGCGAGAGCGCAGAGCGGGAAGGCGGCGAGAAGUGUGAUCAGGGAAAUGGGACACACGGCAUCUGACAGUGAAAUGCCCUUGAAAUAUUCUUGGGGAAAAGCUUUCCCUCUCGGAGUGUCGCAAGCUGAUGGGGGGCUGAAUUUUGCGAUAUUCUCACAGGAUGCUUCUUCUGUCACCCUUUGUUUGAAACUUCCUGAGAGAGGCACCCAAAAUGAUGCGGAAAUUGUCGAGUUUGCUUUAGAUCGCCAAAAGAACAAAACAGGAGAUAUAUGGCAUGUGUCCGUGGAGGGUUUGCCUGCUUCUGGUGUUCUUUAUGGGUAUCGCAUUAAUGGCCCUCAAGGGUGGCAACAAGGUCAUAGGUUUGAUGACAGCGUUAUUCUACUGGACCCUUAUGCAAAAUUAGUUUCUGGUCGAAAAUACUUUGGGGUUGACAAAGAGGAGCCAAGUCAGUUUUUCGGAACUUAUGACUUCGAUAGCUCUCCUUUUGACUGGGGUGAUGAUUAUAGGCUUCCUAAUUUGCCUGAGUCAGAUCUUGUUAUAUAUGAAAUGAACGUCCGCGCUUUCACUGCUGAUGAGUCAAGCGGGCUUGUUCCAGCUGUUCGCGGGAGCUACCUUGGUCUCAUUGACAAAAUUCCUCAUUUGCUGGAACUUGGCGUUAAUGCAGUGGAACUACUCCCUGUUUUUGAGUUUGAUGAACUGGAAUUCAAGAGGUUCCCUAACCCAAGGGACCACAUGGUAAAUACAUGGGGAUAUUCUACAAUCAACUUUUUUGCGCCCAUGAGUCGUUAUGCUAGCGCUGGUGGUGGACCGGUGGCUGCUUCCAAAGAGCUUAAGCAGAUGGUCAAAGCAUUACAUAAUGCUGGAAUUGAGGUCAUUCUGGACGUUGUUUACAACCAUACAAAUGAAGCUGACGAUGCUAACCCUUAUAUGACUUCUUUCCGUGGCAUUGAUAACAAGGUCUAUUACAUGUUAGACCUGAACAACAAUCCUCAGCUGCUGAACUUCUCGGGUUGCGGGAAUACACUAAACUGUAACCAUCCUGUUGUCAAGGAGCUUGUGCUCGACAGUUUGAGACAUUGGGUUAAGGAGUAUCACAUAGAUGGGUUUCGGUUUGACCUUGCAAGUGUUCUUUGUCGUGGACCAGAUGGCAGUCCUCUUGAUGCACCUCCACUCAUUAAGGAAAUUGCCAAAGACUCUGUAUUGUCUAGGUGUAAGAUCAUUGCUGAACCCUGGGACUGUGGUGGCCUUUAUCUAGUAGGGAGGUUCCCUAACUGGGACAGGUGGGCUGAAUGGAACGGACAGUACAGAGAUGAUAUUCGAAGAUUUAUUAAGGGAGAUCCUGGUCUGAAGGGGGUAUUUGCCACUCGUGUUUCUGGUUCUGCGGAUCUCUACCAGGUGAACAAUCGGAAGCCUUAUCAUAGCGUAAACUUUAUAAUUGCUCAUGAUGGGUUUACUUUAUGUGACCUUGUUUCAUAUAACUCUAAGCACAAUGAUGUGAAUGGAGAAUGUGGUCGUGAUGGAUGCAACGACAACUAUAGCUGGAAUUGUGGCGUUGAAGGAGAAACAAAUGAUUUAAUUGUGAGACGUCUUCGUUCGAGGCAAAUGAAGAACUUCCAUGUGGCAUUAAUGAUCUCUCAGGGCACUCCAAUGAUGCUGAUGGGAGACGAAUAUGGUCACACACGUUAUGGAAACAAUAAUAGCUAUGGACAUGAUACUCACAUAAAUAAUUUUCAGUGGGGCCAGUUGGAAGAAAGAAAGGACGGCCAUUUCAGGUUUUUCUCGGAGAUGAUCAAGUUCCGUCAUAGCCAUCCUAUACUGAAACGAGAUAGGUUUCUCAGCAAAUGUGCAACUCCCCUCACAGCCACCCCCCGCCCCCUAAAUGUUUUUCACUGCACUGAGACCUUUCUUCUUGUUAGAAUGAUGUCACCUGGCAUGAGGAUUGUUGGGAGAACCAGGAAAGCAAAUUUUUGGCAUUCACGAUACAUGAUCACAAUUCUGGUGGAGAUAUCUAUUUGGCAUUCAAUGCUCAUGAGUACUUUGUGGAUGCUGUAAUUCCCUCACCACCGCACCAUAAAUCUUGGAGCCGUGUGGUGGAUACCAACCUGGAAUCACCAAAUGAUAUUGUCCCAGAAGGAGUGCCAUUCACAGGUUCAGGGUAUAGAAUUGCUCCUUAUUCUUGCAUCCUGCUCAAGGCAAAGCCUUAGUAUGGUGGAGGCAAGCCAUUCUCUAGGAAGCAUAAGAAUAAUGUUGAUUUAGCUUUGGUUAGUCGGUUUAAGAUAGGCUGACCAUUGCAAGAGUCUUGACUGUGCUGCAAACAAAGCAAGCUUUGAUUAUGUGAAGUUGGAUCAAUCUUUACGAAAAUUGACUGGAAGGAUCCAUGUUUGCAAUUGAUUUGGUCAAGGCGAACUUAUUUAUAGCAACACAUGGCGAAUGGUCCCCACACAGAGAAGCAAGAAGAACCUUAUUAGUCACUGGAGGCCUGGUUGGGGGAAGCAUGUCUUGUUUCUAACUAAUAUUUACAAAUGUUCUAUCCUUUUCCAUUCGACCUUCAAAUGGCAGACAACCUCAUGUUUUGUUAAUAACAAGACAUUCCGUGUUUGGUAUCUGUAAUUGUAAUGAGAGCUUGAUUUCCUGUACUGAACAUAAGUUGGAGACUGGAUGCCAGAACCA